UCCCCAUCCCCAGGUGUCCCAGUCCACGUCGUCUCUGGUGGACACCACCAUCUCCAGCACCUCCCGGCCCCGCAUGAAGAAGAAGCUGAAGAUGCUCAACAUCGCCAAAAAGCUGCUGCGCAUCCGGAAGGAGCAGCCGACGCUGCAGCUGAAGGAGCCGCCGCCGGCGGUGCUGGAGGCCGACCUGACCGAGUUCGACGUGGCCAAUUCCCACCUGCCCUCAGAGGUCCUCUACAUGCUCAAGAACGUCCGGGUGCUGGGGCACUUUGAGAAGCCGCUGUUCCUGGAGCUGUGCAAGCACAUGGUGUUCCAGCAGUGCCAGCAGGGCGAGUACGUGUUCCGGCCCGGCCAGCCCGACACCAGCAUCUACGUCCUGCAGGACGGCAAACUGGAGCUGCUGCUCACCGAGCCGGACGGGAAGGAGACGGUGAUGAAGGAGGUGUUCCCUGGGGACAGUGUCCACAGCCUGCUCAGCAUCCUCGAUGUCAUCACGGGCCACCAGCGGCCGUACCGCACGGUGAGCGCCCGCGCCGCCGAGGACUCCACCAUCCUGCGCCUGCCGGUCGAGGCCUUCUCUGCCAUCUUCGAGAAGUACCCCGAGAGCUUGGUGCGGGUGGUGCAGAUCAUCAUGGUGCGGCUGCAGCGCGUCACCUUCCUGGCCCUGCACAACUACCUGGGCUUGACCAACGAGCUCUUCAGCCAUGUGAGUCCUGCGGGGGGGAAAGGAGGAAAUCAGG